AUCCCUGGCGUAGAAAAAAAAGGUUUACUCCGCCCCCAAACCGCGACGAGAUUGCGGGGGCACGCCGCACGGGCACCACCUCGCCGCCCGCCACCACCGCUUCCUCACCCGCCGCAGCCACCGCCUCCACCUCCUCCUCCUCCACCACCUUCCUAGCCCUGCUGCCGCUUCUCGUACUCUCCAUCCCCGUAGUCGGCAUCCGUGCGGCCUCAGCACACCUCCUCCAUCUCCCAGAUGGCCACAUGACUACACAGUGGCGCUCAGCCACGUCUCCCCUCCCCUACGGCAAGUUCAGAGAAGACGGAGCUGGGGGUAGGCCGGCAACGAGUCGCCAUCUCCUCCCCACGAGCCCACGCCUCCCCGCCUCAGCCGCCGCGGCCCACCACUCCGGCUUCCACCUCAGAUUGCGAAUCGCAAGACUUUGAUUUGGCACUUGAGGCGUCAGAACACAAAGGGUAAAGAUCCUCGGUUUGCCACUGGCUGGGGUGGAUCUGGUGUGACGCAGAUACCCCAAAGCACUGAGAAGCCAUUGAGGAAGCUCACUCUUGAGGACACGCGCCCCUUUGGCUGCACUAGCACAGAUUUCACAAGAACAGAGAAGAGUGAGGAGAGCAAUGGAACAAGAAGCAGCAACAGCUUUGGCAGCCAAGCAAGAGGAAGUGGCGCAGCUCGGGGAGGGUAUCCUCCACCACUUUGAGCAAAUCCUCCAUCAAGAUUCCCUCAUAGAUGAAGUGGGGUUCUUGCACCCGACACAGUUCCAGUCACUAGAACACAGCCAGACUAGUAAUUGGACAUUUGAAGUACCUGAAUGUCCUCAGAGAUACCUGUGGUGCAAAGACCAUAAGCUUGCCAUAUCCACGGAAAUCUUACCUAAGCUCUACCGUGCUGCACAGCAUGCAUACUCCAAUUCAGCAGCAGCCAAGGAUGGUUCAUUCAUGGAAACUGAUCUGAUGAGGCACAGCAAGGCACUGCUCAUUCUUUGCCCUGACAUGCUCACCGCAUGGAACUCAAGGAAGAUAGUGCUAUCAGUGAAUUAUGAUUUCACUAAGCUCAAGGAUGAGCUGCAAUUGUGUGCUCUGAUCCUUUCAUACUCACCAAAAAACGAAAGCACCUGGAGCCAUAGGGAUUUUUUAGGAAAAAAAUGGAUGCCUAUGACCAACAGGAGAUGGGUGAUCAAGAAGGUUUCAGAGCACAACCAGGAUGUGUCGGAGCUUAUAGAGAUGGAAUCUGUACUAGUGAAACAGAUAGCAGAGAAAUCAAAGAUGAACUACCGUGCGUGGAGGCAUCGCUGCUGGCUUAUUCCCUACAUGACAAGAGAACAGGUUCUGAAUGAGUUAAAGAAAUCAACAAGAUGGAACGAGUUACAUGUCGCUGACAACUGUUGUUUUCACUACCGACGGUCCCUACUGCUUGCAUUACUAGACAGUUGCCAUGUAGAGGACACAGAAGAUUCCCUUGAUAGGAAGUCAGAAGUUCAUUUACUGUGGAAGGAGGAACUGACGUGGAAUGAGAAACUUAUCAGGCGCUACCAAGGGAGAGAGUCUUUGUGGAUCCAUCGUAGGUUCCUCUCACAAUGGUGGAUGAAGUUCUUGCUCAGCAGUGAGGAAACAGAGUGUGCUGCAGGCACAUCGCUGGUGGAUCUCUUCCUAGUCCAGGAGAUAUACCUCCUGUCAGACUGCCUGAAUGCCCCUGCCGAUGAAUUUGGUGAGGCAUGUGUCCAAUCUGAACUUGCAGCCCUCUACAUUCUCUGGAUAUCAAAGCAAGUUCCGGCUGUGAAACUAAAGCUGGAAGAAAGGCUACAUUCGUUGGGGAGCCUGGAGGAUGUGUUAGCAAGGGCCUGCCCGGAGAGAAGUAGAUUGUGGACGCAUUUGAUAGCUUGACUAUUGAAAGCAGAACAAGGACAUGCAUUGUAGCAAUAUGUGGUACUCAUAUCCAACGGAAAACGACGCUUGGAAUACAACCAUUUCUGAGGCGACUAGACAUUUUGCACGACUCCUAAAAAAUAACUCAUCUUAGGAUCC